AUGUGUGAAGUCGAGGUUUCCGUCGUAGAAACGACGCGUCUCGGCCCCAAAGGCAUCGCAGAAGCGGCCGUUCCGCUGUCUCUUCUCGACAGCUCGACGGCCGAUUUCGCCCCCGGUAGCGCCAUCUGGCUCUAUGAUCGACCAAACGUGCCUGGCGCCAGCAAGUGCAGCUUGCUCGACUACCACAUGCGCAACUCGCUGGCCGCCGUCCUAGAGCACUACCCUCAAUGGUGCGGGCACUUGAAGAUUGUCAAGAGCAUCGACGGGACUGUGCCGGCGGAGGCGCAGGGCUUCCCGGCCCAUGCUAAGCGCUUUGGCCGCGUCUACGCUCAUUACGGGACACACAAUGAUCCCGGCACCGAGUUUGUUUGGGCCAAGUGCUCUGCGACCCUCGACUCCAUGUAUCCCAAGAACCGCGCGGCGGAGCAGCCGGCCUGGAACUGUCACUCCUUGCCUUUUCAAAAGUUCAUGUCUGCUGUGCCCUUGGCCAAUGUUCUUCUACCGAGCCACACGCACGAGGGCGAAGCCGAUGAGCUGCCUCCAGCGCUGGCCAUCCAGAUCACACAGUUUCAGUGCGGAGGCUUUGCAAUUGCGCUGAAGAGCUCGCAUCCGUUGGCCGAUGCGGCCGGUUUCAUGUCCCUCCUCCUCGACUGGACCAAUGUGAGCAGGGAAAUGCUGGCGGGAAGACCUGUGCCUGCUCUGUCUCCGCAGUUUGAGCCGUCACUACUAGACGACCACGCCGCGGGAGACAUCAACGCCAGCCAGCCCGACAAAGAGCUCGUCGCCAAGGCGGAGAGCCUGCCCAUGCACCGAUAUGACUGGUGGGUCUCUGCGCCUACGUGCCCGUGGCCAUUCCACGUUCCAGCCCCAUACUCUGACCAGGACCUCGAACCGGUCGGCAAGGUCAUGCCUUGGGCGGAUUGGAACUUGGCUGCCCCCGUGUCCAACUACGUUAUCCAUCUUACACGCGACCAGGUCGAUGACCUCUUCGAGCAGGCCAAAGCCGGCGCAACACAGAAACUCAGCCGACACGAUGCUGUGCUGGCCCAUAUUUGGUCCUGCAUCAUACGUGCACGCAAUCUGAAGAGUGACGAUGGCCCCGUUCACUGCGACCUGGUCUACGGCGUACGUCCUUCGUUUCAGUUGAGUGAGAGGUUCUUGGGCUCUCCCAUCAUCAUGAUGAACAUUGAGUUGCCGGGCUCCCAAGUCGCGGAGCCUUCGAAACUCUCCAAUGUCGCCCUGCAGGUUCGCAACACCCUGCGCCAGGUCGUGGAGCCCGCCAACAUGGCUGCGCACCUGCACAGCGUGGCAUUUGAAACAUCACCGCAGCGGGUUUGGCAGGCCUUUCUGGGCAAGCGUCACAUCCUGGUCACGACAUGGGGCCGCGCGGGCAUCUACGACCUGGACUUUGGUCUGGGCUCCCGCUGCGUGUUCGCCGAGGGUGUAGUCCCUGAUAUGGAUGGCACUGUGCUCAUCAAAGAAGCGCCGCCGGCUGAUAACCAGCCUGGCCAUGUGUCCUCGCCAUACUGGACAGAUAAUGGUGUUGAUAUUUCUGUUCGAAUCUGCACCGAAGACAUGGAGCGUCUUCUUCAAGACCCGCUGCUGUUUCCCUCUGGGGUUACCGGACGGCAAGAGGCAAAUUAA